UGGUGCGUCAAGUAGAUCGGGGCAAGAUCGGUGGAAGUGAAUCGCUGGGUUAUCGCGAUUUUUUGUCAAAGACGAUACAAAAAAAAAAACGGUGGAGAUACUUCUCAAAGAACCUUUGAAGAAAAACUGGAGUGACUGGACAGAAGAAGACAAAGAAAUUGUUGCGUGGAACUUGAAGGAAGAUUAAAACUCUAAUAAGGAUGGCUGGCUGGAUUAGUUUCAUUCUAGUUGCUAUCGCAUCGAUGAUUGCGAUAGCAGAAUCUAGGGUGGUUCCAACUAACAAUAAGCCGACUUCCGUCAUGCUGGACCCUAACGGCAGCCCUAUCAUAUUCCUGAGGGAAAAGAGAACGGUCGCGCGCCCGUAUCCGCACAGGGCGAUGAUGUUCACCGGAUAUUACAGGCCGAUACGUCGCACGGGGAACAGCGGCCAGGCAACGGGCCUCUUCGCGCAAGGAAAUGCCGUAAGUGGGGAAGCCUUCUUCGGCGGGAUGCACGCACCGCAUCUCAAGGAUGGUCCGGAACCGAUCGAGGAACCGGAAGUGUCCAGCGCUCACGCGCACGCGGCGCCGACAGCCGACGAGGAGCGUCAUCACAAUUAUCAUCAUCAGAACGAAGUGCAUCGUCACGAGGAGGAUCAAUAUCACGAACACCACCAUCACGAAGACGAGAAACAUCACCAUCAUCACCAGGACUCUUCUACCUCUCAGGAACAUCACGAGCAGGAAGAGAUUCCAACUACCGAGAUUGCGCAAACACCGGAAGAACCGAUCACCACCACGGAAGUGUCCGUUACUCGACCAAAAUGGCAUCAUACAAAGAAGCCGCACAAGACGCCUGUCGACGAUGAGGAUGAAGAUGAAGACGAGGAAGACGAGGAUGACGACCAGCCGCCCGUACCGUUUGUACCUUUCAAGGGCAACCGGCGUCGCCAAAAAAUCCCUCAUCUGAAUAACUUCUUUCCCAUGAUCUUCAGCUUUCCGAGAUUGGCCACUCGUGCUGGAUCCUCCGGUUCCGUUCCUGGUACCAUCACAGCCAUCGCGAAUAGUUAUUCCACCGGAAAGGGUGGAGUCGCCAGUUCAGUAGCUACUGCAUACGGCGGAUCUUCUGCUGGAAAGAAACGACGCCAGCAGCCAUACGAGAAAUAAUUAACUCCUAAAUUGAUCAAUCUUAUCGGCAAGUUAAAAAGCUGAGUUCGUUCUGAAAAUUAUUAGGGUCUUCAAAAUCUCUGCUUGAUUUUUUGUUUUUUUUACGCUGUUACUUUCUUUUUAUCUUCUUUGUAAA